AUGUCAUUUUGCAUUAACUUCACUGCACUUGCAUUCCAAGCGUUUCUUAUUGUUCUUGCCUGCUUCCCAAGCACCAGACAUCCAGAUAAAGACACCAUGAACUACGCUGUUGUCAUCAACUGUGGCAUCUGGAUCCUUUCCGUUGUUUAUUACUUCACAUACAAGAAAAAGUACUACACAGGUCCAAAAUCCAAUUUGGACGAGGAAGUUUACCUUGAUACUAUUAACGGUGUUGAAGGUUCAUCUGAAGACCAAAUAGACACAGUUUUGUCCUCAUCAAAGGCAGAUAAAUACGCUUGA